AUGUGCUUCUACAAAGCAAACAAACCCCCCUGCGUCUGCAAAACCCGCUAUCUGGCUCGCCACUGCUGGCGAGCGACAUUCUACCGAUCGUACAACUCGAAUCCGAACCCCAUCGUCCAGGUCUGCGGCGUCGUGGAGACGGCCACGGAUGUGCCGCCUGCGACGAAACCGCUUGAACUGAGACGACUUCUUCGAGACCAAGGACGACGACAGUCUGGUUAUGGUCAUUCUUCCCACGGUCUAAGUCGCUCUGUGUUGUCGUCGUCGUCAUCAUCGUGUCCUGAAUCCGUCGUUCCAGCUAACGUCGUUGAGCAGCAUCACCGGCCACGGAACCAGAAGCAGAACAAAACACCUCGGCCACGACGGCUACGAAAGACAUCUACCACCAAAGUGUUGCCAUACGCUUCGAGAAGAGCUACUACUACGAGACUGGCACAAGAACCAUCUCAGAAGCAGGCCCAGCAACCGCAACCACAACCACAACCACAACCAGCAAUCUCCGUCACAGAAGCCACUCCUACCGAGACAACGAUGAGCGAUUUCUUCGAUUUCUCCAGCUUUGAUGAUAUUACUAUCUCAUUACCAGAGGGUAGUAGUACAUAUUGUAUAGGUGAGCGUCUGGAUCCAAACCAUGUCCAUGUCCUGGAGACAGAAGACACUGAGCAGCAGCAGCAGCAGCAACAGUCACAUUCACGAUGCCGCCAGAAACAACACUUCCACCUCCACCACCUCAGAUAA